CGAGAUCCCUGCAGCCCUCCAGAGCCUCAACCGUUUUGGAUCCACCUCGCCUGGGAAUAAGCUUCUAAGAAGCCGAGUCGAUCUAGGAUUGACCGGAAAGACAUGCCGCAGGAUGAACAAGAAACACGAGCGUUUGGUCUGCGAUCAGAAUGUGCACACAGUUUCACUUGGGAGCCCCUGAACUCCUCAUUUCGAGUUCAAAGAUGCAGUAUUUAGAGGCCUCCGAUGCCCUCUCGUGAAUGUCGAUAUUCUUUCACACAGCAACUCCCUAUCCAGUUUGUUCCAGCACUCGUCUCUCUCUUCUCUACUUUCUUUCUUCGCAGCAGGCUGCACCUCAUCUUAUCUACUUCAUCCAGUGUUUGUUUACCAAAGUCUUUCUCUUUACGAUACUCUCUUUUCGACCACUUUCAUCAUGCGUUUCUCUACUACCUUGCCGCUGGCGGCUUUCGUUACUCUUGCCAAGGCCCAUGGAGUGAUUCUGGCCGCUCAGGGAGAGUCUGGUUCGCCACCAUCUGUCGGAUUCGGAGUCAACCCCGAAAUCGCCCGCAACUGCACCACCAUCAACCCCUGCCAGCUCGACUCGGUCAUCAUGCGCGAUGCCGAGAUCAAGGCGAACCUGGUCAACAACUGCGGCCGCACGCAGCUUACAGGCAACAUCGACAUCGCCGAAAACACCGAGGCAGCGCUGGCCGAGGGCUCCGUGACCCAAGUCAAGGCAGGCAGUAAGAUCACCGUGACAAUCCACCAGGUCAACGCCGACGGCGCCGGCCCCUAUGUCUGCGACCUGGACGAAACGUCCAACUCGGGCCUCAUCAGCCAGAACCUGACCGUCACCAACAACGUGCCCGGAGCCAACGGCAUCUCGCAGAACAAGAUCCAGGACUUCAACUUUACCGUGACGAUGCCGCAGAACUUUAAGUGCACUGGCGCCUCAACAGGCAACAUCUGCACCGUCCGCUGCCGCAACAACGCCGUUGCCGGUCCCUUCGGCGGCUGCUUCGCCGUCCAACAAACCGACGUCAAGCCGACCCUCAACACGCCCGAUAACAUCGCCACCUUCAAGAACAUCGACGCGAUCGAGGCCGAGCGCAGGGUCAGCGUGGCCACGCUGCCGAUAGCCAAGGAAGCCAACCGCCAGGCCGGGUCAAGCGAGGCCCAACAGAACGCUGCUGCCGUCAGCGCCAUUCUCAAUGCUGGGUUUGUGAGCAAGUCCGCCCCCGUGCUGACGCCGACCGUGGUGCUCGGUGGUAAUGGCGGAGCGGCAGCUACGGCUACGGCUGUUGCUGGUGGUGCUGGUAAGGGUGCUGGUGCUGGUGCUGGUGCUGGUGGUAAGAACGGUGGCAAGAACAAGGGCGGAAACGGUGCCGGAACCGCAGCGGCUGCUGCCCCCGCUGCUACCGGCACUGGUCGCGGUGGUCGCCAGGGAAAGAACAGGGGCACUCAGAACCAGAACCAGUAAGGUGAAGGGCGAAUUCCCUCAGAAUUGGACUUGACUACUAGAGUUUUGUAGGAGAACUAGAAGUACCUAGAAGUUGCGAGAAUGAUCCACCAACCAACGAACGGGGACGGCAUUUGUA